GUUCAGUCGAUCUCAAGAAACAGAUUUUAUGGUAUAACCUUAGUUGAUGUAAGACUUAAUUAUUAUAAUUAUUACUUAAUUAUUAUUCAUACAAAACAGUGUGACAAUCACGGUUGUGAACCUCCGCCCUCAGGUGCUGGACACGCCCACAAAGAGAGAGAGCGAGAGAGUGAGAAAGAGAAAGAGAUGUAAAACAGGUUUUCUUUAGUUUUUAUUCACACACACACCCAUCACAAACUGCGACAGCUUCGAGAGAGUACGAUAGGAUACUUCAUUAUGCAGUGCCCACAAUCUCCAGGGCGUCUUCUGUCAGAGGAGCAGUUCUCCUGUUCAAUCUGUCUGGAUGUGUUCGUGGAGCCCGUCUCCACUCCCUGCGGUCACACCUUCUGUAAGGCCUGUCUGCAGGGCUUCUGGAACCACAGCAAAAAGAUCCUUUGCCCCAUGUGCAAAAAGACAUUCUCCAGAAAACCCGAGCUCAGCGUCAACUGCGUGCUGGCCGAGAUCGCCCAACAGUUUCAGGGUCUGAGCACAGCGUCCCCCGCCGGAGUGCCCGGUGCUGACAGUGCGCCGGCUGCACAGAGGGAAGACGACGGCGGAGACUUUGCCAAACCGGGAGAAGUACCCUGUGACGCUUGCAUUGGGAGGAAGAUGAAGGCCUUGAAGUCCUGUCUGAACUGCCCGGGUUCCUUCUGCGAAGCUCACCUGCGUCACCAUAAGAAGGGAAAGGCUUUGACCGGACACAAGCUGGUGGACCCCAUACACAACCUGGAGGACAAGAUGUGCAAGAAACACGAACGCCUGCUGGACGCCUACUGCCGAAACGAACAUGUGUGCGUCUGUAAGGAAUGUGUGGAGACCUCGCACAAAUCUCAUAACGUCGUUUCCGCUGAUCGAGAGUGGAAGAAAAUAAUGAGUCAGCUGGGGAAGAAACGCUCAGAACUGAAACUUAUCAUCAAGGAGCGAGAGAAGAAGCUGGAGGAAAUAAAGCACUCCACCAAAGUCCUGAAAGAGAACAGUCAGAAGGAGAUAGAGGAGAGCUGGGCGGUUUACGCUGAGCUCCAGCGAAUCCUGGAGCAAUCUCAGGCCGAGCUUCUGGACGCUAUCACAGCCAGACAAAAACAAGCCGAACAACACUGCAGAGAUCUCACCAGCAGCAUGGAGCAAGAGCUGGAGGCGCUCCGGAGAAGAUCCAGUGAGCUGGACGCGCUGGCUCAGACACAAGACAAAGUCAUGUUCCUACAGUUUCUUCCGUCUCUACCUCCGCCGCCCGAGCCGUCCGAUUGGUCAGCGGUAUCCGUGAACACAGAUCCGCACGUCCACACCAUCAGGAAGUCCGUCUGCUCCCUGAUGGAGAAAUUCCAGCAUGAAGUCAAACGAGUUUAUGGGAAAGAAAUCAGAAAGCUGCAAAACUAUGCAAGUGAGGUGAUCAUGGAUCCUUCCACAGCCCAGCGUGAUUUGUGUCUUUCUGAAGACGGACGUCAGGUGCGCUAUGAAGAGCAGCGCAAGAGCUCCUCGCAUUCGGACACGCCGCGACGCUUCAGCCCGGCUCUGUUCGUCCUGGGACGCGAGGGGCUGUCGUCGGGCAGACACUACUGGGAGGUGGACGUGGGCAAUAAGACAGCAUGGACAAUGGGCGUCGCACGGGGUUCAGCGAGACGCAAAGGAGACAUCCGGCUCAAUCCUGAGGGAGGCUUCUGGUGCUUAUGGCUGAAAAACGGCGAAGUGAAGGCCCUCGCCGGCAACAGGGUUCCCGUGAACGUCUCUACGCUGCCCCAGAAGGUGGGCAUCUUUCUGGACUGUGAAGCCGGUCAGGUGUCCUUUUACGACGUGAGGGCUCGCUCUCAUCUUUACACGUUCAGCGAUACUUUCACUGAGAGUUUGUACCCCAUCUUUAGUCCUUGCAUCAACCAGGAUGGAAAAAACCCCGGACCACUGAUCAUCACUCCGUUCAAACACACCUGAGGAGGACCGGCACACAGAUCUCUCAUCUUGGCAUGAAUAGCACUGCUGCUGAAUCUACAUGACACUACUGAGUCUCAUGAGUUCAUGAAGGACACAAAUCUAACUAUAACCUUGCCCUGUGUGGUUGCACACAUAACAUACGAACGUGCGUACGCACGCAGCAUCACCAAUACUGAGCCGGUUCUUUGUAAACGACUAAUUGACUCACUGAAUCAAUCAUACAAUCUUGAUUCAUUACUGUCAUCAUGAACUUUUAUUGUAUUUUGGGCUUGUGAAACUUCUGUUUAGUUACUUACUUGUUUUCACAUUCAGUGCAGCUUUUAAAUGUUGUUAUAUAUUUAAAAUAUAUAUUAGUUUGUAGGACCAGUUAUUUCUUUAAUACCAUUGCUUUCUUUAAAAUAUCUAAAGAAUGAUUAAUAAACAUGAAGGGUAAAGUAAAAUACUGUGCUGUAUGUACAAGAACAUUUUGCAAAUGAAUCCUGAACAAAAUCAAAUCUUUUAAAUCACACUGCAGGUUCCUACUGUAAAUGUGUUCAGGUAAAACAAAACUUUAUUUCAAUAAUGAUGGCAGUUAAACAAAUCACUAUGUAAUAGUUUGUUUCAGUAACAGUGAUUGUGGAUGCUGGAAGUUUUUUUUUUACUUUAUAUACCCGAUGAAUUUUAUAUUGAAUGUGUUGUUUAUAUGAUGAUUUUUGAGGGUAUCUUAAUGUUUUUCAAGGUUUUGUAUGAACAUUUUAAUAAAAGUAAUUGAUAACA